AUGGUUUGGGCGGCAAUCACUUCCGACGGCAAGAUGCCGCUGAUUUUUGUGCCUCAGGGCAUCAAGGCCAAAGCCUGCGCUCGCCCACGUCGCAAAGACUCCACCCUCGCUCGCCUGUGGAGUCUUUGCGACGUGCUCCUCUGA